UUCAGUACUGGCAGUGAAUUUCAGAACUCAGCCAAAGUUUAUUUUCUACGCAUGCGCAAGUUUUACCUUACCGGUGUUCCACGACUACCCUUCUUAUUUCUGUGCGAUAUUGUUAGAAAUCAUUUCGAUUUGAUUCGUCAGAUUGGUAGGAAGCUUUGUUUGGUCAAGCUUGGAUGAACGUAAAAUCUUACAAAUAAUCAGCCAAGAUGUUCUGGGGUUUGAUAAUGGAACCGAACAAACGGUAUUCACAAACCGUCGAGAAUUCGUUCCACGUGUCGAUGGCAAGUUUAGAUCUUACAACUGCCAAUGAUGUAAAAGUGCAAGUAAUACUGUGUUAUGGUGAUAGAAACUAUCUACUAUGUACUUUACAUAAGGGUUCCGCAUGGCAAGUACCACUUGAUUUAAAUUUCCAAGGAGGAACCCAGAUAGCAUUUACAUGCAACGGUAAUAGUCGUGUUCAUCUGACUGGGUAUUUGAUUAUGGAAGAUAUAGAAGAUUUUGACAAAUGCUUGAAUGAAGAUAUGCAGAUUGAGGGAAAAGAAAUGAAUAAAAAAAUCUCAAAAAGAAAAGCUGUAGAGUCACCAAAAGAAAACAAAGAAUCAAAGCGUCUUAAACAGCAGGAGAAUAUAGAGUUACCCGAUAAAGAUGAUGAUUUUGCAUAUAUUGGAGAUAGAAACAUUGGGAGUGAUUCUGAAGAUUCUGAGGAUGAUGAUCUAGAAGAUGAUGAUGAUAGUGAUGAAGAUGAGAAUGACUCAUUUGAUGAUACUGAUGAUUCUGACGAUAUUAAUGAAAGCGAGGAAAGUGAUGAGAGUGAUGAGAGUGAUGAGAGUGAUGAGAGCGAUGAGGAAAAGAAACAUAAGAAAUCAACAAAAACUCAACCUGAACAGUAUGACAGAAAAAAAAAACGAACCCAAGAACAACAAUUACUGCAAUCAAAAAAGCAAGAUAAGCAAAAAUUAAUAAACGGGAAAGAGAUUAAACAAGGACAAAGUAAAGAACAGAAAAAAAAUAAGGGAAAAGAAAAAAAGCAAGAGAAACAGGCACAAUCAAAUAAUGAGAAUACUCGAAAUGGAAUGAAAAAGCGAGUCGAAGGUGGUGUGAUAGUGGAGGACAAGAAAAUUGGUAAUGGUCCUGUGGUACAAAUUGGAAAAACUAUUUCUGUUUAUAGUGUCGGUCGUUUAAAGAGUGGGAAGAAGUUUAGUUCAACGUUAAGUGGAGAAGGCAUAACAUUUAGAUUUGGUAAAGGAGAAGUGAUCAAGGGUUGGGAUGUAGGACUUGCUGGAAUGAAAGUUGGUGGAAUGCGCCGUAUUACAGUACCACCCCACAUGGCGUAUUGUGCACGUGAUACUCCUGAGGUCCCUCGUAACAGUACACUCAUAUAUGAUAUAGAACUUAGGAAGAUCCAUUAAAUUUUUACAUUCAAGUAUUUGUCGAAAUAUUAGGUUAAGUAUCCCCAUGUAGGUCCAUACACCGUUACUUUUGUCUUAAAAAUAUCUAAUUUUUUUACUGUAUUGCAUUUCAGACAAGUCUUAUUUUAUACU